UCUUUAUAUAAUUCCACCAUGUCGAUGCUCACUCCUUCGCUGUAAGUCACGGAAACCGCUGCUUUUCUUCACUCUUCCGCCGCCGUUUCUCGAUCACUCCGGUUCGCUCUGAGAUAAAACCCGUAAGACUUUGCAAUGGCGACGAAGAAUGACGAUGCCUCCUCCUCAGCAGACUCUCCGGAUCCGGUUCUUGAGGACGAGCAGCACAGAGGAAUUGUUGACGAAAAGAGAGUUUGCGAUAUGAAAAGAAAAGCUUCCGUAAACUACUAUGAUUGGCCUAUUGAGAAAAAGGGUUCCAAGGCGGUAAAGAAGAAACGAAGCACUUCCAACAAUGAAUGUGCAAAAUUUUCGCAACUAAUGGUUCUCCAAGGCGUAAUGCAGCUCGAGAUGACCAACAGGAGAUAUGAGGCUAACAGGUUAAGAGAUGAGAUUGACACGUUAAGAUUUGAGGUUGAAUUGUUGAGAGCUGAGGUUGACACGUUAAGAGAUGAGGCAACUCUAAGAGAAACGAGUACAAGACAAGCAACCGGUAAACUAUGUCCAUAGUUACAAACCAUGUGUACCCUAAUCCAAAAGUUUUUGAGGCAGGAAAAGAGGAACGUUAUGAUGAGAAGAACGCGUGAGAGGAAAGACGGAACUAGCAACAUGGAUUGUUUCAAUGAGCAGGUGAUCAUUGAUUAGGUUGUAUCAAUAGACCUGCCCUUUUAUUUUCAACCUACUUUUAAGUGCUAAUGGUUCUAAAUCAUUGUAAUGAACUGUGUAAGUUGUAGACUGUUAUGGUACUUUUCCGAUGUAGGGUUUUGGCCAUUCAUAUUCAUGUUUUGUAUUGAGCCACACAACCCCAAACGAUAUCAUCUGUAACCUAUGUACUCCGGUAUCAUAACAGAAAAUGUCACGAAGAAAAAA